CUCUCUCCCAAACUCAAACCCCCGCCGAACGGAGCAGCCAAGAUCAUCGCACAUUCACGGCAGCUGCAAAAAGGAGUCUACCACUUUCCUUCUAUCCGUCACGAUACUUAAAUACCCGUAACAUCCCCUCCGACCUCCGACCCCUUUUCGGCGGUGGUGCAAGCACAGACAAGUGGUUAUCAUCUAAGAGAGCGAGACAAGUUAGCAAGCAGGAUGUUUUCGGCGCUGAAGGAGGCGUCCAAGUCGACCCCGUUUUCGGGACCCCAUCAACAACUAAGCCAGCAGGAGAAGCCCCAAGGUCUCGUCCAGGGCAGGACCAUAGCUGCAGCUGACGCCCUACCAGGCGACAGCUGUGAAUUUGGUUCAAACCACUAUUUCAUGCUAUGUGGUCUUGGUGGUAUCUUGUCCUGUGGCCUCACCCACACAAUGGUCACCCCCUUGGAUUUGGUUAAAUGCCGUAUUCAGGUGAAUCCAGAAAAGUACAAGUCUGUUGUAAACGGAUUCAAGGUUACACAUGCUGAAGAUGGUACAAGAGGUUUGGUCAGGGGCUGGGCCCCUACAUUUUUUGGAUACUCAGUCCAAGGAAUGUUCAAGUUUGGACUCUAUGAAGUCUUUAAGGUACAAUAUUCAAACUUGGUCGGAGAAGAGAUUUCUUAUGAGUACAGAACAAGUUUGUACUUGGUUUCUUCUGCAUCUGCAGAAUUCUUUGCUGAUAUUGGUUUGGCUCCGUUUGAAGCAGCUAAGGUUAAAAUCCAAACAACACCUGGUUUUGCCAACACUUUGAGAGAGGCUUUCCCUAAAAUCGCAGCUGAAGAAGGUAUGAGCGGAUUUUAUAAGGGACUGGUACCUUUAUGGCUUCGCCAAAUUCCAUACACAAUGAUGAAAUUCGCUUGCUUUGAGCGAACCGUCGAACUACUGUACAAAUACGUUGUACCCAAGCCACGUGCUCAAUGUACCAAAGGAGAGCAAUUGCUUGUUACGUUUGCUGCUGGUUACAUUGCUGGAGUUUUCUGCGCUAUUGUAUCACACCCUGCUGACUCGGUGGUGUCCAAGCUAAAUCAAGAAAAGGGAGCCAGCGCCGUGGAUGUAUUGAAAAAGUUAGGUUUUGGUGGAGUCUGGAAGGGUCUUGCACCUAGGAUUGUCAUGAUUGGUACUCUCACUGCCGCUCAAUGGUUCAUUUACGAUGCUGUUAAGGUAUGGCUUCGCAUGCCGCGUCCUCCUCCACCAGAGAUGCCAGAAAGUCUCAAGAAAAAGUACGGUUUAGCUUAAGUAUCACGUUUUCAAAAAAUAAAGAUGAUGGAUCAUCUGACUAAAGAAUGCUAGAGUAAUGAUAAUAAUUAGACCAACUCAGUUGCCUUCCCAGUAACAAAUUGAAUUGUUAAAAACUGCCCAUUCUUAAAUGUAUUACAGUAUUUAUUUAAUGUUUCGUACUCUCUUGUUGCUUAAUUUAUGCCAAUUAUGGGAAGGCAAUUUUUAAUUAAUGCUGCGAUGCAAGUUCAUUGCUAGUACAUGAUUAUAAAUCGUACUGUUAAAAAUCAAGUACGCUUUCAACUCCGUUAUUUCGACAAUGUCAAUUUAUUGUCACGAUGUAAAUAGAACAAUCACUAUAAAUAAACGAUCUGGUUGCACCACUGUUCAAA